UUACCUUCAUUCCACUACCAAGUCCUAAACCAAAUCAUCAUGCCUUCAGGAGUAAUCUUUGUAAUUUACAUACCAUCAAGUAAUUACGAACAUAUACUAAGAUUUGGGAAGCCAAAAGACUUAGUUCCUGUAGAAGAAUCUGCUGUUAAGCCGGCAAGAUUAGCGGUAGAAUUGCGGAAUAAGAAAUCUAGGAGUAUUCCUGUACAUUUGACCCAGCAGUAUUAUAAUGAAGGCUACAGCCAACCAUUGGAAAAUAUUGAUGAGAGCGAUGAAGUUUUCACUAUGGAGAAUAUACUACAAGAGCUGCUAAGCAAGUUGCACGUGGAGCACGUGGUUUGGAUAAGUGACAAACCGGGGAAUUAUUUCGAGAUCGUGUUCCCUCUGCCAACUGGCGACCAGUGUGAGACCAUGCUGCACUGUCUCACGCAGCUUGGAAUCGGUGUACGAUGCAAAUCUAUUGUCAGUGUAUUACCCUGCAAUGUGGUGCACUCGGCUACGCCAAAUGAACAAAUUACUGAUGAUACGGAUAUGCGAAAAUCCGAAGACGCAACUCGAUGGAGGAAUUUUGUGGAGUCGAUAAGGUCUAAACUGACGGUAAAACAAGUUGUGGACGGGGUGCGGGGAGGGGGGGAGCUCUCGUUUGAUUAUCUAACGCUAAUUAUAACAGCUGACUCCCUAGCAGCCCUUGGUCUUGUAGAAAAUAACGCGUCCAACAUCGUAGCAGCGAUGUUGGUGUCUCCCCUCAUGGGUCCUGUAAUGUCCAUCACCUUCGGCACCAUAAUAUCAGACAGGAGUCUCAUUAGGAGUGGCUUCGAGAGCUUGGUGUUAGGCAUGUUCCUAUCUCUACUAUUUGGGUUCAUAUUCGGCCUGAUAUUGGGAAGCACUGAAAUGCCUUGGGGAUUUGGAGAUUGGCCUACUGAGGAGAUGAAGGGACGAGGCAACGUUCGAUCUCUCUGGAUGGGCGUGCUAUGGGCCUUGACGUCAGGCACAGGAGUAGCACUCGCCUUACUUCAGGGCAGUGCUGGCCCGCUCAUUGGUAUCGCUAUUUCAGCAUCUUUGUUACCACCUGUGGUUAAUUGUGGCUUAUACUGGGCUCUAGCGUGCAUAUGGCUGCUCUACCCAGGUGUCAAAAUCCCACACAUAAAGGGAGAAGCUUACACAGGGAACUCAUCGUAUACUCCGCUGUAUCACGACUACCUUCCGAUUGAGUUUGCUGUUAAUGGAAUCGUAAGCUGCUGUCUAACAAUAGUGAACGUUAUCUGCAUAUUCAUAACGGCUAUAAUAUUCCUGAAGAUAAAGGAAGUAGCUGCACCGUACACUUCAAGUCCAGACCUUCGUAGAUUUUGGGAGCAGGAUAUCAAGGUCGCAAGGGAUGCUAACAGGGCUAACUUGCAUAAGGCUGAAGAUGACGAACGAGCUGAGUUGGUCUUGGAAGAUCUCAAUCAAGAAACUGAUGAAGCCAUCAGGGAAAAGCUAGAGGCCGCUGUCGAAGAGGCUCUGGACGAUGAAACAUAUAGGAAAGUGAAGCGAAUGAGUUAUCAGAGCCAUAAUGCUGACGAGGUUUUCCGCACUAUUGGACUGUCGAGAACUCCUAUAUCUUUGUUGUCGAGCCAACUGAACUCUGGAGUCAGUACUCCUACUGCUCCCAAACCUUCGAAUGUGGAUGACAUAGCGGCACUGGACAAGUUACUGACGUCAUUGCUUGGCUUGAAGGAGAGUAAACGUGGAAGAUCCUUUAUGUCCCAUCGUGGGACUCCGCGAUCCAGUCGGAUUCCAAGAACUGUGCAAGAGGGCGUUGGAUUCAGCCACAGCAGGCAGACAGAGUCAUGGCCCGAGAGGAUUUAUGAGGACUCUGUUGUGCGCAGCGUCAUUAGCAGUCUAAGAGCCAGCAAAAGAAGCUCGCAAAUGGAAGAAGCGUUUAUGACGCCAAAAUAGACUAGUUGUUGCAAUUUUCUGGUGUCCAUUGGAGACUUAGAAUUUGUUUUCAUUAAAAUGUUUGAAAUUAUGAGA